AUGCCUGGAACGGCGAUCCGGGUUCCUGCAAACGUUUACCCAGUCUUUCCAAACGGCCAAAGAGUAAUAACGAGGCCUACACAUUUUACAAUGCAACCAAAUGGGGUACACAUCAACGGAGCUUAUAUGCCGGGCAUACCCUUUGGGAAUAAUCCGAUAAAUGUUAUUAGAAGGAUUCCAAAUCAACCAAAUUUACUCAAAAUUCCAAGAGAAGCUUGCUUUAUGAGGCUUUUGAGUUUUGCAGAACAUUUAGGGGAUAACAUUAUUCACUGGAAAGAGGUUCACUGGAGGGAGUUGACAAAUCGUUUUUUUGCUGAUGAUACUUCGAUGAAAUACACCUUAUGGGCACCACAUACUCAAAAGAAAUUUGGAAAUCCGCGUCUUGCGCAAUAUAAUCAAGUGUUGUGUCCAUCGGCUUCAAUAGUAUACCAUUAUAGCAAUGGAAUACAGGUUGUUGCACCCGGUCAAUUGACAGUCAUUUUUAAUGCCAGUUUAAAAAUGAUGGACUUUGACUUUGUAACAACGAGAUAUACAGAAUAUUUACCAAAACAACGAAUCCACGAAUUUAUACAAAUACCAAGCCCUUUAAAUGAAUAUGGUAUCCCCCAUAAGACAAUGCGGUGCCUGGAGGUUGGAGAGGGCGUUGAUUAUAUGCAUGAGGUUAUGAUGCACACCAUAAACAAUCCGACCAUAGGACCUAUAC